AUGCUUCCCUGGAGCAUUCGCUGCACCGCUUGUAGCACUGUCAUGGCCAAAGGCACCAAGUUGAAUUCCCGCAAAGAAGAAGCCCUCGACGAGAAAGAGAAGUUGGUUCCUUACACGGACCCAAACUGGCAAGAGAUAUAA